AUGAGUAAAGUGCAGGCCGAUGGCUAUGAUAAUAGCAUCUCAAAGGCAGAAGCUGUGAUCAGGUUUGCCUUCCAGACCUCCAUCACAGUGUUGUGUAUCGCCUGCCCCUGCUCUCUGGGCUUGGCAACCCCGACAGCUGUGAUGGUGGGCACGGGGGUGGGCGCUCAGAACGGUAUCCUCAUCAAGGGAGGGGAACCACUAGAGAUGGCACACAAGAUCCAGACAGUGGUGUUUGAUGAGACGGGUACCAUCACCUACGGAGCUCCUAAAGUCAUCCAGGUGAAGAUUGUAGUGGAGGGGAACAGGAUGCCUCGCUCCCAUCUGCUGGCCAUCGUAGGGACUGCAGAGAACAACAGUGAACACCCGUUGGGAGCUGCCAUUACCAAGUACUGUAAACAGGAGCUGGGUACAGAGUCCCUUGGUGUGUGUGCUGAGUUCGAGGCUGUACCAGGCUGUGGUAUACGAUGCCAGGUCAGUAACACUGAGACCCUGCUGAGACAACAUCAGGAGGAAGGUGAAGACAACAACCAGGGAAACAGUAUUCUGGUCCAGAUCAGGGACUGCAGAACCAGGCCAGGAUCACACCCCCUCAUCAUGAACGCGCAGCCUCUCCCCCUGGUGCAGACAGCAUCCUACCUGGUGUUGAUGGGGAACAGGGAGUGGAUGAGGAGGAACGGACUGCAGAUCAGACCUGAUGUUGACGAGACCAUGACUGAACAUGAACGCAGAGGACGCACUGCUGUACUGGUGGCUGUCGACAGUCUGCUAUGUGCCAUGAUAGCCAUAGCAGACACAGUGAAGCCAGAGGCAGGUUUAGCGGUUCACACCCUGCAGGCAAUGGGUCUGGAGGUGAUUCUGAUGACUGGAGACAACAGCAAGACAGCACGGGCCAUCGCUGCUCAGGUGGGCAUCAGGAAGGUGUUUGCGGAGGUGCUGCCGUCCCACAAGGUGGCCAUGGUAGAGCAGCUGCAGCAGGCAGGGUAGAGGAGGGUGGCCAUGGUGGGUGACGGGGUCAACGACUCGCCCGCUCUGGCCAUGGCAGACGUUGGCAUCGCCAUAGGAACUGGCUCUGACGUGGCCAUAGAGGCAGCUGACGUGGUGCUUAUCAGGAAUGACCUGCUGGAUGUGGUGGGGAGUAUUGACCUGUCCAAGAUGACCGUCAAGAGAAUCAGGAUCAACUUUGUGUUUGCUUUGGUCUAUAACCUGGUGGGGAUCCCUAUCGCUGCUGGGGUGUUCAUGCCUGUUGGUCUAGUUCUCCAGCCGUGUACGGGUUCUGCUGCCAUGGCCCUCUCCUCUGUGUCUGUGGUGCUGUCCUCUCUACUACUCAAAUGUUACACUAAGCCCAGUGCUGAGCUACUGGAGUCUUGUUUGGGCAGUCAAAAGAGACACGCUGCAAGCCUAUCAGAUGUCAGCGUCCACAUCGGCAUGGGAGAUUUGCGCCGCCCCUCCCCCAAGUUGAGGCUAUUUGACCGUGUCGUCAACUUCUUCUGCGCAUGCAUCAACUCCCUCCAAUCAAAGCACUCCCUGAACUGCAUGGCCCUCAGCGACUCCGACAAAUACUCAUUACUGGUGGGGGAGGCCCACUGCGAGGAGGAGUUUGUCUGA